UAUGGAUGAAGCACCCUGGGCCUAGGAGGACAGCCUGGGGUGGGUGGGGAGCGGGUGGGCUCAGCUGGGGGUCCCAGCCGCUGGCGGCAAGGAGCACGGGAGGAACUUAGGCAACCAGCUGGGCACAAAGGCCACCUUCCCAGGAUGUCCAAGCCCCUCCCAUCUCCAAGAGGGGCGGGGACAUCAUGUGGACAGUGCCCACAAGUUGGCUCCUCCUGCGGCCAUGGGAGAUCCGGGGCCAUGGUGCUUCUAGCAGGUGAGAUUUAUUUGGGACUCCAUGGGGAGGCACGAAGAUCUAAAACUACACUUUCAGGGUGAUGUAACUUCUUUGGCUGUCUCAAUACAAGCCAUGCCCCACCCAACCCCCCAAUCCUGACAUCAUGGUGCAACAAUACAACUGUUCUUUGAAAUAUGUAAAGAGGAUAUAAUGUCCCCCUUUGUUGUUGUUUAGUCGUUUAGUCGUGUCCAACUCUUCGUGACCCCAUGGACCAGAGCACGCCAGGCACUCCUGUCUUCCACUGCCUCCCGCAGUUUGGUCAAACUCAUGCUGGUAGCUUCGAGAACACUGUCCAACCAUCUUGUCCUCUGUCGUCCCCUUCUCCUUGUGCCCUCCAUCUUUCCCAACAUCAGGGUCUUUUCCAGGGAGUCUUCUCUUCUCAUGAGGUGGCCAAAGUAUUGGAGCCUCAGCUUCACGAUCUGUCCUUCCAGUGAGCACUCAGGGCUGAUUUCCUUCAGAAUGGAGAGGUUUGAUCUUCUUGCAGUCCAUGGGACUCUCAAGAGUCUCCUCCAGCACCAUAAUUCAAAAGCAUCAAUUCUUCGGCGAUCAGCCUUCUUGAUGGUCCAGCUCUCACUUCCACAUAUAACUACUGGAAAAACCAUGGCUUUAACUAUACGGACCUUUGUUGGCAAGGUGAUGUCUCUGACAUGUUCCCCUUACUAACCCCUUUUCCCAGGGGUGCAACUUUGUCAGACCUUCCUCAUAGAACUCAUAGUUGGAAUGGGACCUGAGGAUCAUCUAGUCCAACCCCACCUGAUUCUUGUUCUUCCCCUGGUGUUUACCUUUCCCUCCUCCUCCUCAUUACACCCUGCACUUCGGUGGAAAAGUACUCCCAGCCUCUGUAGUCCCUGCCCUUAAAUGUUACGAUCCAAAAUACAUGGCAUGAAAGGAAAGGGCAUUGAGAGGGUGGAGGAAAAGAACAAACUCCAGUACUGAUCCUAAGUUAAAUGCUCGGUUAGCUCCCAACCAACCGCUUUCUCAGAAGUGACUGUACCAUAGCUAGUGCUGACCAUAUCGGUGCUGGGAGUGGGGGAGUCGGGGAACGUCCUUCUCAAACCCACCAAAGAAGGGGCUACAGUCUCAUCAGACCCUCCAUGGAAGGCAUGUUCUCCAUGAUACAACCCCUUGCAGAGCAGAUGGACCUGCCAUUGUGGGCUAGUCAUAGCGACCACUUUCUUGGGCUCCAUGAUCACUGCAGAUGGUGACAGCAGUCACAAAAUUAAAAGACGCCUGCUUCCUAGGAGAAAAGCAAUGACAAACCUAGACAGCAUCUUAAAAAGCAGAGACAUCACCUUGCCAACAAAGGUCCGUGAGGGCACAAGGAGAAGGGGACGACAGAGGAUGAGAUGGUUGGACAAUGUUCUCAAAGCUACCAGCAUGAGUUUGACCAAACUGCGGGAGGCAGUGGAAGACAGGAGUGCCUGGCAUGCUCUGGUCCAUGGGGUCAUGAAGAGUCGGACAUGACUAAAUGACUAAACAGCAACAUAGCGGCCAUGGGGGCUUUGCCAUAAAAUAUUUGAGGGGGCUUCCUCCCAAAAAACUGAUGGGUACUGCCAUUCAAAAGCUUUGUGUGUGCUGCGUCAUGUGAUCGACUCUGUGGGGCAGGACUUACUGUAUUUUUCCAUAUAUAACACGCCCCCGUGUAUAACACAACACCUAUUUUUUGGGACUCCAAUUAAGAAAAUGGGGGGAGAUUGCCCAGAGGGUAUUUUUUUGUUUUUUGUUUUGCUUUUGGGGGGGAUUCCCAGACUGGUUGAGCUUUUUGGGGGGCAGAUUGCCAACAAUCACUCACCCGCCUGACCUGCCUGACUGCAGCUGUCAGUCGCACGCCUUGCAAAAAACAACAAUCGUCUGCCCAAUCCAGCAGCCUUGAAAAUAAGGGAUCAGCAGCCAAAAUAAGGGAUUUUAGUCAACCAGCUGAAAUACGAAGUUAAAAGGGACCAGAUAAUUUGGGAGAGCAGUGCCGGUUUUUAGCCCUUUGUUUCCAGAGGUUGCUGCUCAAGACACCAGCCGAUGAAACACUGCAAUUAAAUAACUACAAGCAGCAACCACUUUUCGCACAAAACGAAGUCCAAGCUACGAAGAUGCUGCUGCAGUUCUGUAUCUUUUCUCUUGUGCUCCAUCUGCAGCGCUCAGUUCCAUCAGGCAGGGUGGGAGGAGGGGGGGGAAUAGUGCCCGAAGUAAACCCGCAGAUCAGACCAUCUAUGCUAGUCUACCACUACAAAUCUAUGGGAGAAGCACUUGCGGUCCUUCCUCCUCUUUCACCCUCUAUGGUUAGCCCUUGGAACACCUGCCCGCGCCUCCUCCUCUUCCUCCUCCUCCUCUCUCUGAACUGCUUUCUCUAUGGUUGCCCUCGCUCUCCUCUCAAGGCUCCUCAGCAAUGGCUGCCCAUCUCAUCCGGGUCCUACGGCAGCGCAGCCGCAGUUCGGCCUAGCGGGAGCCGCGGCGGCAGCGAUGGGCAGAGGGGAGGCCCCAGGCAGAGACGCUCAGUUUGGCGGCCGCAAGGAGGAUGGCGGCGGAAGGGCCCGAGGCUCCCGCCAGACCCGGCAGGGAGGGGCUCCCGGGGGCUGAGGCUGGUGAGAGGAGGCCGGAGGGGGGCGGGCCAGGCAGCCAAGCAACACAGUUGGAGCCUCCCUCCUCCCUGGCCGGCAGGGAGGGAGGAAGAGGAGCUGCUUUCUUUGAAACCCGGGAAAUUUAAGGGGCAUCAUCAAUAAGGGACAGCAGCGGGACACGACGCUGGGAUAAGGGAGUUUCCCGCCAAAUAAGGGACGGUUGACAGCUAUGGCCCAAUCGCCACCAGCAGUCACAAAUUAAAAACUUCCCUAAACAGGGAUGCCUUCAGAUGUCUUCUAAAAGUAAAGUACUUGUUUAUUUCUUUGACAUCUGAUGGGAGGGCGUUCCACAGGGCAGGCACCACUACCGAGAAGGCCCUCUGCCUGGUUCCCUGUUGCUUUGCAGUGAGGCAACCACCAGAAAGCCCUCGGCAGAAUAGAAUGGUAUGAUCCAAUAUAAGAGUUUUUUCCUAUGUCACUUCCUAGAACUGACUGAGGCUGGAUCUAUACAGAUUAAAAAAAACUCUAUAGGGGAAAAAAACACUAGAAAAGCUCUUAAUGGAAAAUCCCUCUGGUGAUGGAUUGCUGCUCUGCAUCGCCAUCUGGUGCCACAUGUUUAUAAUGCAGUUAUAACAAUAUAAUUGUCAAGUGUAGCCCUGCCCUGACUGUCUCUUCUCUACCCCUUCACCUCUAGGUCAUAUCUUGAGUUCAUGUUUCCUGUUGACGCAAGCUGUUCAGAAUAUCACCAUUGAUGUCAGCCUAGACCCAGAAUUCCCCCUGGUAGGGCAGGAUGUCACCUUCGUCCCCAAAGGGCUUAUGAUAGACGUAAUCUCCUGCCUGUGGACAAAGGGGGAAAAGGAUGAGUCUUUCCCCAUCUUCCUCUAUCACCCACCCCCAAAAGCUGCAUUCUACCCUAAAGCAGCCUAUGAUGGACGCCAGACGCCAAGCUUCGAUUGCUCCAUGCACAUCCGGAACGUAACAUUCGACGACAUUGGCCUCUAUGAAAUAUUCAAGACUAGAAAGAUUGCUAACGAAGUGGGUGAGGCCUUCUUACUGGUGACAGGUAAGGACUGGGAACCGGGGGAAGAAAUCUGACUCAGCUCACAUUUAUGAUAAGUAAAGGUAAAGGGACCCCUAACCAUUAGGUCCAGUCGUGGCCGACUCUGGGGUUGUGGCGCUCAUCUCGCUUUAUUGGCCAAGGGAGCCGGCGUACAGCUUCCGGGUCAUGUGGCCAGCAUGACUAAGCCACUUCUGGCAAACCAGAGCAGCGCAUGGAAACGCCGUUUACCUUCCCGCCGGAGCAAUACCUAUUUAUCUACUUGCACUUUGACGUGCUUUCAAAUUGCUAGGUUGGCAGGAGCUGGGACCGAGCAAUGGGAGCUCACCCCGUCGUGGGGAUUCGAACCGCCGACCUUCUGAUUGGCAAGUCCUAGGCUCCACCUGGAAGGUGGAGCGAGCUUGUUUUCUCCUGUUCCGGAGGGUAGGACUUAAACCAAGAGCUUCAAGUUACAAGAAAGGAGAUUCCGACUAAACAUCAGGGAGAACUUUCUGGCAGUAAGAGCUGUUUGACAGUGGAAUGGUCUCCCACUGGAGAUUGUGGGCUCUCCUCCCUUGGAGGUUUGUAAGCAAAGGUUGGAUGUCCACCUGUCAUGGAUGCUUCAGCUGAUAUUCCUGCAUUGCAGGGGGUUGGACUGGAUAACCCUUGGUGGUCCCUCCCAACUCUACGAUUCCAUGCAAACUUAACCUGAUUCUCACUUGCCAAAGUAAAGUAGCUUUGACAAUUUGGAGCAAGGAGUUUGUGAUCCUUCCUUUUCCUCAUUCUCACGGUUGCCUUUCCUUGUCUCCACAGAAGAAAAGACUCCAGAGCUGAGAAAGCCUAGAAGUCUAACUUCUGGAGCUAUCGCAGGGCUCGCUUUUGGCUGCAUUGUGGGAGCGAUUCUUUUGGGGGUUAUGCUGAUAAGUCUCCUGACUAUGUUACCUUCUACAAGGUGAUGCUUUCUCCUCCUCCUCCUCCUCCUCCUCCUCCUCUUCCUCCUUCUCUUCCCUUCCCUUCUCCUCGCCUUCUCCUCUCCUUCUCCUCCUCCUCUCCUUCUCCUUCUCCUUCUCCUUCUCCUCUCCUCUCCUCUCCUUUCCUUCUCCUUCUCCUCUCCUUCUUCUUCUCCUCCUUCUUCUCCUCUUCUCCUCCUUCUCCUUCUCCUUCUCCUUCUCCUCUCCUUCUCCUCUCCUCCUCCUCCUCCUUCUCCUCCUCCUCUCCUUCUCCUUCUCCUUCUCCUUCUCCUUCUCCUUCUCCUUCUCCUUCUCCUCUCCUUCUCCUUCUCCUUCUCCUCCUCCUUCUUCUCCUCUCCUUCUCCUCCUUCUGCUUCUCCUUCUCCUCCUCUUCGCCUCCUCCUCUCCUUCUCCUUCUCCUCUCCUCUCCUUUCCUUCUCCUUCUUCUUCUCCUCCUCCUCUCCUUCUCCUUCUCCUUCUUCUCCUCCUCUCCUCCUCUCCUUCUUCUCCUUCUCCUCCUCCUCCUCCUCUCCUUCUCCUUCUCCUUCUCCUCCUCCUCCUCCUCUCCUUCUCCUCUCCUUCUCCUUCUCCUUCUCCUCCUCCUCCUCCUCUCCUUCUCCUCUCCUUCUCCUUCUCCUCUCCUUCUCCUUCUCUUUUCCUUCUCCUUCUCCUUCUGCUCUCCUUCUCUCCUUCUCCUUCUCCUCUGCUUUCCUUCUCCUUCUCCUCCUCCUCUCCUUCUCUCCUCCUUCUCCUUCUCCUCCUCCUCCUUCUCCUUCUCCUCCUCCUCCUUCUCCUUCUCCUUCUCCUUCUCCUUCUCCUUCUCCUCUCCUUCUCCUUCUCCUCCUUCUUCUCCUCUCCUUCUCCUCCUUCUGCUUCUCCUUCUCCUUCUCCUCCUCUUCUCCUCCUCCUCUCCUUCUCCUUCUCCUUCUCCUUCUCCUUCUCCUUCUCCUUCUCCUUCUCCUUCUCCUUCUCCUCUCCUUCUCCUCUCCUUCUCCUUCUCCUUCUCCUCCUCUCCUUCUCUCCUUCUUCUCCUUCUUCUCCUCCUCCUCCUCUCCUUCUCCUCCUCCUCCUCCUCCUCCUCCUCCUCCUCUCCUUCUCCUCUCCUUCUCCUUCUCCUUCUCCUCUCCUUCUCCUCCUCCUCCUCUCCUCCUCUCCUUCUCCUCUCCUUCUCCUCUCCUUCUCCUUCUCCUUCUCCUCUCCUUCUCCUUCUCUUUUCCUUCUCCUUCUCCUUCUGCUCUCCUUCUCUCCUUCUCCUUCUCCUCUGCUUUCCUUCUCCUUCUCCUCCUCCUCUCCUUCUCUCCUCCUUCUCCUUCUCCUCCUCCUCCUUCUCCUUCUCCUCCUCCUCCUUCUCCUUCUCCUUCUCCUUCUCCUUCUCCUCUCCUUCUCCUUCUCCUCCUUCUUCUCCUCUCCUUCUCCUCCUUCUGCUUCUCCUUCUCCUUCUCCUCCUCUUCUCCUCCUCUUCUCCUUCUCCUUCUCCUUCUCCUUCUCCUUCUCUUCUCCUCUCCUUUCCUUCUCCUUCUUCUUCUCCUCCUCCUCUCCUUCUCCUUCUCCUUCUUCUCCUCCUCUCCUUCUCUCCUUCUUCUCCUUCUUCUCCUCCUCCUCCUCUCCUUCUCCUCCUCCUCCUCCUCCUCCUCUCCUUCUCCUCUCCUUCUCCUUCUCCUUCUCCUCUCCUUCUCCUCCUCCUCCUCUCCUCCUCUCCUUCUCCUCUCCUUCUCCUCUCCUUCUCCUUCUCUUUUCCUUCUCCUUCUCCUUCUGCUCUCCUUCUCUCCUUCUCCUUCUCCUCUGCUUUCCUUCUCCUUCUUCUCCUCCUCUCCUUCUCUCCUUCUCCUUCUCCUUCUCCUUCUCCUCCUCCUCCUCCUCCUUCUCCUUCUCCUUCUUGCAUUCCAGUUUGAUCUUGCACAAAUCUUGAGGGGGCUAACCAAAAAUGUAAAAGUUGUAUGCAAAAUGACUAAAAAAAAUUGAAACGGAAGGAGAAUCAGAGGGAUAGGAGGGGUCAGAUAUUGAAUACGGCCUGAGCACAAUUUUUAAAAAGCAAUCCCCAAUCCCACUUUUUUCUGAGUAGUAGUAGUAGGAGAUCCAAUAGAUCAGCUGGUCCCAAAAGCCUUCUUGAAGAGCCAGGUUUUUGACCAGCAUACUAAUGGCCUGUGUGGGCACUGGGUCAUCCUAAAGAGCUGGUGCCUACACGAGAUGCAUUGCUUUUCCACAAUGUGUAUAUCAGGCAAAAUCCCAUAGCUCAGUCAGUAGAGCAUGCGUCUCUUAAUCUUAGGAUUGUGGGUUCGAGUCCCAGGUUGGGUGAAAGAUUCCUGCAUUUCAAGGGGUUGGACUAGUUGACUCCCGUGGUCUCUUCCAGCUCUACAAAUCUGUGAUUCUGUGAAUUUCUGUACAAAAUAUGUCUGUAUUAGGAGAAAGUCGCAAUAAUGCUGAUGAAUUCUCAUGAGGAUUUAAAAAUAAACAAAUCACAAGCUGAUAUGGAAAUAUGGGGGGGGUGAGAAACUGGGAGAAAGCCCAAUUGCUCAUGCACUUGCAUUCUCAUGGGUUGUCUCCACAUGAGAAACCACCAGCUUUCUGGCUUUCAAAGAGGUUUAGACAAAUACAUGGAGGUUAUCAAUGGCUACCAGCCAUCAUGGCUCUCCUCUGUCUUCAUGGUCAGAGGCAGCAAUGAUUCUGAAUACCAGUUUCCAGAAACCACAGGAGGGGAGAGUUGCUCUUGUGCUUGGAUCCUGCUCGUGGGUUUCCCAUAGGCAUCUGGGUGUGGGAACACGAUGCUGGAUGAGAUGGGCCAUUGGCCUCAUCCAGCAGCCUCCUUGGAUGUUCCUAUGUCCUGAAGAUGUAUCUCAUCAACCCACCAAGACAUAUGUUGACUAGACCCUGGGGAGGGGAGUUGAAUGACAACGGUAGCAUCUCACACCAAAACAUUGAAUGAGGUGUCCCCAGAAGGCAAAUUAAGCACCAGAGAGGCUCAGUGAACAGCAGAAAACAGAGCCCCUGUCAAAUAAGGACAUGGAACUUUUCUAAAGAAGCGACCAUCUUUGACACAACGGAGAGGCGCCAAACUUCUCCCUCCUAAACUCUUUUAUCCUUUUCCCUGUUUCUUUAGCGAUGAAUCGGACCCCACCGUGGUAACCAUCAUGCCUUCUACAGCACGGUAAGUAGCAAACCUACAGGAUGGAGCCUGAAAUCUCUCUUUUUGGAGAAAACCAGAUUUUCUCUCCAAAAACCGCAAACUACAUAAGUUAAGAUGUCUUCUAAAAGUUAAGAACGACAUAACUUUUAGAAGACAUCUGAAGGCAGCCCUGUAUCAGGACUUUUUAAAAUGUUUGAUGCUUUAUUAUGUUUUAUAUAUUCUGAUAGCUGCCCAGAAUGGCUGGGGAAACCCAGCUAGAUCGGCGGGGUAUAAAUAAUAAUAAUAAUAAUAAUAAUAAUAAUAAUAAUUUAUUAUUUGUACCCUGCCCAUCUGGCUGGGUUUCCCCAGCCACUCUGGGCGGCUUCCACAAAGACCAAAAAUACACUAAGAUGUCACACAUUAAAAACUUCCCUGAACAGGGCUGCCUUAAGAUGUCUUCUAAAUGUCAGGUAGUUGUUUAUCGCUUUGACAUCUGAUGGGAGGGCGUUCCACAGGGCGGGCGCCACUACCGAGAAGGCCCUCUGCCUGGUUCCCUGUAACCUCACUUCUCGCAAUGAGGGAACCGCCAGAAGGCCCUCAGUGCUGGACCUCAGCAUCCGGACAGAACAAUGGGGGUGGAGACGCUCCUUCAGGUAUGAUUAAACAACAUUGGCCAGGAGGCAGAGAGGGAGGGCAGGCUUCUGGAAUUCCAUUUCCACCUUUGGGGACAAAGUGGUUUGGGGUGGGGGUGGGGCCCAGUUAUUCAAAUGGAAACAGAUGUUGCACAAAAUUUGUAUUGUUAUUGGGGAAGGGAUGUUCCCUCAGCCAUAAUAUGACCCUGAAAUUGCAGGUAUGCAGAGCAGAAAACUGAACAUGACUUCAACAGUCAGUUGUGGUCUUCCUCACUGUGAUUUAUAUCAUUCAUUCAUUCAUUGCCCUUAACCCUAAGGUCCCAGGGCAGGUUAGAACAUGAAAACAUUUAAAAUGGUUUAAAACAACUUACAGUUACAGAAAUCAGAUGGGUCCUAAAAAUAUACACUGUCUGCAGAUUUUAUUUUAUUUUAAAACCAUGCACAUACAAUUCCUCCCAUAUGUUCAAAAUGCCCCUCAACAGUUUAAAACUGUUGCAAAACUUCUCCAUGGAUGUCAAAGAAGGGAAGCUGGCGCUUGUGGGAGGCAGCUGAGAGCUUCCAGAAAUAAACUUCUCACACGUGAAUUCUUUGCUGUUUUUCCUCUUUCCUCAGCUCUAUGGGAAGCAACAGACCUUCUCACGCAAGGUAAAUCGCAGGCCUUUAGGAUACAGCCCAGAUCCUGUUUUUGGAAGAAGACCAGCUUUGGUGGGCUGGAGUGGUCUCAGAGCUCCGGGACUCCAUGUCCACCUUUGGGGGUUAAAUGAGGGUCCAAUGAUUCAGUGAAUGCAAAUUGAGGGGACCCAUGGAGGGUCCCUCAGCCAGAGAACGAACAUGGCCUCUCCAGUUUUCCUGUGGGAAAUGAUUCUGUUCUUGUUUAAAAUUGAGCUUGCCUAAUGUGAACUGAAGCACAGUUAUCCUUCAAAAUCCACAUUUCCCUAAAUGUCGCCAUGCAGUUCUCCAGGCAAAAAAAUAUGUUCAGAAAUGCAUAUACUAAAAUGUGCAUAUAAAUGCAUGUUUGUGAAAGCAACCCUACCAAAAAUGAUUGGUUUAAUUUAUUGGGGGGGGGGAGUGUUGAUUAGACAAAAGUAUGUUAAAAAAUGGGUUCAUUAUGAGAAAUUCGCACUCAAAUGAUGGGAAAACAAGGAAUUUAGAGAACCAAAAUUGGCAAAAUUGUCAAUCUGUACUUUUCUUGGUUCUGGUAAAGAUUGACACCAGGCAGGUGCCUUUCACUGUCCCCUAAGCAUGUACUCUUUACCUGCUAAAAGCAUUUUUGUUUAGGCAAGCCUAUCCACGUGUGUAGGAUGCUGACAUGUCCUUUAAUCAGGUUCUUAGCUGUAUCCUGGGGGGCGGCAUUGGGGAAAGGAGCUGGAAAAGUGGGGAGAUUCUGGUCCUGUUUUGGGAACUCUGAGUCCCAAGCCCACCUCUGAGAUUCUAUUUGUUUCCUUAGGAUGGAGAAUCAGUUGAUAUUAAGCAGCCACAAUGUCCGACCUGGGUAAGUACCGGUGGGAGGAAAAUAAGAUUUGUGGGACCCACUUGUGGGUAAUUAAAAAGACAAUCGGAAAAUAGUGCCAUCCUUUUUUUUCAGUUUCAGACCCCAACUUGGCCUGUCUCAUGGUUCUGAUUCCUCCUUCUUCCUAAGCUUUCUGAGCCAGAGUGGUGUAGUGAUUAAGAGCGGUAGACUCGUAAUCUGGUGAACCGGGUUCGCGUCUCCGCUCCUCCACAUGCAGCUGCUGGGUGACCUUGGGCCAGUCACACUUCUCUGAAGUCUCUCAGCCCCACUCACCUCACAGAGUGUUUGUUGUGGGGGAGGAAGGGAAAGGAGAAUGUUAGCCGCUUUGAGACUCCUUUGGGGAGUGAUAAAGCAGAAUAUCAAAUCCAAACUCCUCCUCCUCCUUUUCUUCUUCUUCUUCUUCUUCUUCUUCUUCUUCUUCUUCUUCUUCUUCUUCUUCUUCUUCUCCUCCUCCUCUAUGGCUUGUCCCUUGGUUCUCUCUCAAGCCCCAUCUGCAGUGGUGUAGUGGUGUAGUGGUCCAGGGUCAGGGUGGCGUCAAAGACCCGCUACUAUUUCUGCAGCAGGGUCCCAGCAGGUUCUCUAUCUCCAACAUCCAGGAGCUGCCCAAUCAGCAUGAAAGGGGAGUGCUUUAGCCACUGAGAAGGAGCUUUCUUUGUGCUGAUUGGAGCUGAUCGGAGUGAAAGGGGGGCGAGGCAGCCAUUGAGGAUUGGCUCCUAGGGUCAUUCUGGAGAAGGUGCAUGGGAGGAACCCCAAGGAGGAGUUGUUCUGUGUGCUCUGAAGCUAAGCAUUUAGGAACUCUGGAAACCCAAAGUGCUUCCAUUUCAAGAGAAUGUCAUGAAAGUUCCAUUACUGUCAGAUUUCGGGGAAUCAGAUCCCUUCCCCCGGUGGCAGUAAAUAAGCAGAUCAAACGAAAGGAGCGUUCUUACCAGAUAAGUUCUUUAAUGAUCACAGCGAGAGACAAAGGAAUGCAUGUUGUUGUUGUUGUUGUUGUUGUUGUUGUUGUUUAGUUGUUUAGUCGUGUCUGACUCUUCGUGACCCCCUGGACCAGAGCACGCCAGGCACUCCUGUCUUCCACUGCCUCCCACAGUUUGGUCAAACUCAUGCUGGUAGCUUUGAGAACACUGUCCAACCAUCUCGUCCUCUGUCGUCCCCUUCUCCUUGUGCCCUCCAUCUUUCCCAACAUCAGGUUCUUUUCCAGGGAGUCUUCUCUUCUCAUGAGGUGGCCAAAGUAUUGGAGCCUCAGCUUCACGAUCUGUCCUUCCAGUGAGCACUCAGGGCUGAUUUCCUUAAGAAUGGAAAGGUUGGAUCUUCUUGCAGUCCAUGGGACUCUCAAGAGUCUCCUCCAGCACCAUAAUUCAAAAGCAUCCAUUCUUCGGCGAUCAGCCUUCCUUAUGGUCCAGCUCUCACUUCCAUACAUCACUACUGGGAAAACCAUAGCUUUAACUAUACUAUAUGGAAUGCAUAUCUCUCUAAAAAAUGGUGUUGCUCCCAGUAAAGGUUCACCCCCUCCAUCCCCAUUAAUUUACAUCACUCCUAUGUUGGGUAAUCUGAGCUUGUUGUCAUUGAGCUUUCUGUUCUAACGCUUCCCAAGCCCUUCUAGUCUUAGGUGAAGUGUGUGUGUGUGUGUGUGUGUGUGGAAUGCUGUCCAAGGACACUGAAUCUGCCAGCUGUCUCUCUCUUGCCGUUUCCUCUUCUAGCUGUUCCUCAUGUAGUAUUUCCCAGCUUUUCCACUCUGCCCUUCUUCAAACCACUGUUCUAAAUCAAUACUGUCCUCUUGCCCUUGGUUCAGAAAAGGUACCUCCUCACUACAGUCCCUGACAGUAAUGGAACUUCACGGAAAACACAAGUAACUGGGAAAAAAGAUACUGAAGCAGAAAUGAGUAGAUCUAGCAGAAAGACAAAACAAGGAGAUCUCCACUGAUCAUUGCAAUGCAUCCCUAACUAUUAUUAUGGCAUCACUGUAAGAUUAUUGUAUAAUCUUAGAGAAGGCUGUACAGUAGUACCUUGGGUUACAUACGCUUCAGGUUACAGACUCCGCUAAUCCUGAAAUAAUACCUCGGGUUAAGAACUUUGCUUCAGGAUGAGAACAGAAAUCGUGCUCCGGCGGCACGGCAGCAGCAGGAGGCCCCAUUAGCUAAAGUGGUGCUUCAGGUUAAGAACAGUUUCAGGUUAAGAAUGGACCUCCAGAACGAAUUAAGUACUUAACCCAAGGUACCACUGUAUAAGCUUAGAAGGGACGUGGACUCAGGACUUUUCCACCUCAUUCUGCCCCAUGUCCCCAUGUUGUCUGAAACCACAGAAGUUGGAGAUUGUCAGGGACGUGGCUGAAUUGAAUGCCUGGGAAGAGCCUCACUCUGGAGAUGGAAUGCCAGUACAGAGGGAGCCAGAGUCUGACUCUGGAGACGAGGGGAUGCAAUCACAGACAGAGCAGGAGUGGGUUAGUUCGGGCCCCCUUCAUCAAGAGUUCCCCGGCUCAGAUAGAGCCGCAGACUAGGAAAGCUCGCAGGCUAAGGGAGGGGAGGAGAUAGAUGGCAUUGAGGGGGUUGCUAGGCAAACAGGAGGAAGGCAGCGUUUAGAGGACUUCGUUUGGGGAGGGGAGUCCACCCACCUUCUCCCUGAACCAGAAAACCUGAAAGGGUUAAAAUGCAACAGAAGUACAAGAGAGGAAGGACUGGAGUUGGGUGCCCUUUGUGCUGUGAAAGGGGAGGACCAACUCGUAGCGAAGAGCAGCAGGCUCGGAGCCGCUCUCUGGAUGUUAAUUGUAAAUAAACGUACCAUAAAACUGCCAGAAACUCAUUAAUUCUUAUGGGAGCUUGCUUGCCUGCCUGAGACCAUUACAGAGAUCAAAGCUCCUUGAUUCGAUUUCUAUGUCCAGCUUGGGUCAGACUCACAUUGUGGAAUGGGAUUAGAUCUGUAGCCUUCAAAGUCCUCAAAGAGGAAGGUGGUGGGGGAUGUGGCGGCUUCCACUUCUGGUCUCCUUCCUCUGAUUCUAGGCUGGUUUUCUUCCAGGUGAAAGCAGAGAUCGUUCUAGUCCAGAAUUUAGUCAGCAUUCAAGUCUUGGACAGCAUCAGCCAAGCCCGUGGACCCCCAACCACCACCACUCCAGAAGAGGAGCACCAUAUCCUUGGAAAUCAUGACGAAAUAAUCAACACCCUAAACACCAACGCCCACCCAAGCCUUCAGGGGCAGAAAAACAACAUGGCCCUUGAUGAAAUAAAAGCCUCCAGAACCCACUUC